CAAGCGCUUGGGAGUCAGCGCCUGUUUCCUAGACCACUUUUGAUGUCUGUAUAGCUGGUCAGCGAGAAGGUUGGAGGAGCUGAAGGGACCAAGCUAGACGAUGACUUCAAGGAAAUGGAAAAGAAAGUAGACCUGACCAGCAAGGCAGUUACAGAAGUACUGACCAGAACAAUAGAGUACCUCCAGCCGAACCCGGCUUCCAGAGCCAAGCUAACCAUGCUCAACACGAUGUCAAAGAUCCGCGGGCAAGUGAAGAACCCCGGCUACCCGCAGUCGGAAGGGCUCCUGGGGGAGAGCAUGAUCCGAUACGGCAAGGAGCUGGGCGAGGACUCCAACUUCGGCGACGCGCUUCUUGAUGCUGGUGAAUCUAUGAAGCGGUUGGCUGAAGUGAAGGACUCGCUGGAUAUUGAAGUCAAACAAAAUUUUAUUGAUCCCCUCCAGAACCUGUGUGACAAAGACCUGAAAGAGAUCCAGCACCAUCUCAAGAAGCUGGAAGGCAGACGCUUGGAUUUUGACUACAAGAAGAAACGACAGGGCAAAAUCCCCGAUGAGGAACUUCGACAGGCCAUGGAGAAAUUUGAAGAGUCCAAGGAAGUAGCGGAGACCAGUAUGCACAACCUCCUAGAAACUGAUAUCGAGCAGGUGAGCCAGCUCUCAGCCUUGGUGGACGCCCAGCUGGACUACCACAGGCAGGCGGUGCAGAUCCUGGAUGAGCUGGCAGAAAAACUCAAACGCAGAAUGAGGGAGGCCUCCUCACGUCCCAAGAGGGAAUACAAGCCCAAACCCAGGGAGACAUACGACUUUGGAGACCCUGACCAAUCUAAUGGGGGCUUCUCUUGCAAUCCUACCCCCAAAGUCUCAGCAGCUUCCUCCUCUUUCCGAUCCGACAAGCCGUCCCGGGCCUCCGUCAGGAGUAUCCCCCCCCUGGACCAGCCUUGCUGCAAGGCUCUCUACGACUUCGAACCCGAAAACGACGGCGAGCUGGGCUUCAAGGAAGGCGACAUCAUCACCCUGACCAACCAGAUCGACGAAAACUGGUACGAGGGCAUGAUCAACGGCCAGUCGGGCUUCUUCCCCCUCAACUACGUGGAAGUGCUGGUUCCGCUACCUCAGUGA